AUGGCCUUCCGCGGCUGGAAGCGGCUCCUCCUCUUGGGCAGGCAGAACACCUUUGCCAAGGCUUGGAGGAGCAGGAGGGGAGGCUCCUCUCUUCGCUGGAAGCGCUGCUGCCAUUGGAGUGCCGGCAAGUCUCUGGACCCCGAGGUGAGAGCCUUUUUGGAGGAGAACACAGAGGUCACCAGCAGCGGGCACCUAACGCCGGAGAUACGACUGCGCCUCCUCACCCCUCGCUGCAGGUUCUGGAGGGAAAAACCUGACCUGUGGCCUUAUGGAGACCCGUUCUGGGCAAUUUACUGGCCAGGAGGCCAAGCCCUCUCCAGGUAUAUUUUAGAUAAUCCAUGCGUUGUUAAAGGACGAUCAGUUUUGGAUCUUGGAAGUGGAUGUGGAGCAACAGCAAUAGCUGCUGUGAUGAGUGGUGCAUCCCAAGUCCUUGCUAAUGACAUCGACCCUAUUGCAGGAAUGGCAAUGAUCUUGAACUGUGAACUGAACCACCUGAAUCCCUUCCCCAUCACCAUUAAGAACAUCAUUAAUUCAGAGGCUGGCAACUGGGACCUCAUUGUUCUAGGAGAUAUGUUUUACGAUGAACAACUUGCUGAUGGUCUGCAUCACUGGCUGAGGAAAUGCAUCAGGAUACAGCAAACUGAAGUGCUGAUUGGUGACCCUGGCAGGCAUCAGUUUUUAAGCCACAGCAUUCACAGUCAAUUGCACAAAGUUAUAGAAUAUUCACUUCCCGAGUAUACUAGACAAGAAAACAAUGGAUUAACAUCAAGUAUCGUCUGGAGUUAUCAGCCCUCAAACAGUUCAGAAAACUGUUGAAGCUGGCUUUCUAAUGAAUUUUGUCUCACUUGGUUGGCUUUUUUCCUAAGUAUGUAAAAUGAAAAUGGGAAUUAAACAUGGAACAUAUCUGUUGAUGCAAAGUAGAUUACUAUACCUUCACUGUACUGAUUUCAGUCACACUGAGGCUUUCACUCCGUUUGAGGUCAAAACUACAUGCAAACUGUAUUUAUUCAAAGGGGCCUGUGCUGGAAGUGCAAAUCCAAAGACAAGUUACAUCUAAGAGUUUGCAUGCUUGAUGUUUUUCACAUAUAUUCACGUCUUGCUCUCUGACACUAUUGUGAAAUGGUUUAGACAUCCAGCAUACUGCUGUGGGG